AUGGCGAUGAUGAUGGCUGGCCGUGUGCUGCUGGUGUGUGCCCUCUGCGUGCUGUGGUGCGUUGCCGGCGGUGUUUAUGCGAGGGACGUUGACACCAACGCACUGGGUGGCUGCAUGGCGUCGGGAGUGUUGGGUGAGAAUGGAUCCCACAUGCCUGACGGAUGCAAUAAAACUGCGAUUACGGUGCCCUUGCGGUCAGUACUGCCCAUUACUGCCGUUGAAGCCUCGAAUGGAAGAGAUACUACAGUUGCAACACCGAACAAUUCGCAUUCGAGUAGGACUUCCAACGCUGGUGCUUCUACUGCUGGUGGCUCUCCUGGUGUUCCUGCUCCUCCUGCUGCUGCUGCUCCUGGUGGUUCUCCUGGUGGUGGUGCUCCUGGCGGCAGUGGAACUUCUACUGGAGGUCAUGGCACCGGUGGCAUUCCUCCUGCCGGUUCUCCUGCUGUUCCUGCUGCUCCUGGUGUUGAUUCUUCAGCUGGCAGCAGUGGUGGUACAGCGGGGUCCUCAGGCAGUAAUCCAUCUAACACAACAGGGGACUCUUCAACAGAAGAUCAGUCGUAUGCUGCAGCAGAGGCUAACGACACCUCGCUACCCGAAGGACAGGUAGGAACGACAUCCGGCACUGGACACACACGACAAGAAGAGGAAGAAGAAGAGGAAGAAGAAAAUGAAAAGCAGCAGCAAAGUGAUGAAACACAAGUCCAACAACAUCAACAGCAUGAACACCCCGCGGAAAACGGCGAAGAAUCCGCGAAAGAUAAAAACGCCCUUCGUACAAAUGCCACCGCAAAUACAGGCGACAGUGACAGCAGCACCGCGGUCUCCCACACCACCUCCCCUCUUUUGCUUCUUCUUGUUGUUGUUGCGUGUGCGGCUGCUGCUGCGGUGGUGGCCGCGUGA